AUGGGCAAAGAUAAACAAAAAAGUAUAGAUUUGUUCUUUAAAAAGAGAGUGGUCUCUGAAAGUAAAUCAAAUGAUGCUCCUACAAGUACAAUUUCUGAAAGUGAUACUCCUACAAACAUGAUUUCUGAAAGUGAUGCAUCUUCUCAUGAGCAACCUUCUUCCAAGUGUCACAGAAUUGAAUAUAUUGAUGACAUUAUUAUAGUCAGAAAUAAAAUUUUUGAACGUGAUCCAGGCAAACGUAAGCCAAUUUGGGAAUAUUCAGCUAAUGAAGUCGAUGAGAUACGGAGAGCUUAUUUAAUGGUUGGGCCAUAUCAACCUCAAUGCUCCUAUCCAUUUUCAAAGGAAAAACAUCCUCGACGUUUUCAAGCUUCUUGGUUCAAAGAAUUUUCUUUGUGGCUUGAGUAUUUACCUUCUAUAGAUGCUGCAUUUUGUUUACCGUGCUAUCUUUUCACUACAAAGGCUGGUGGGCGACAUGGUUGGGAUGCAUUCACAAUCAAAGACUUAAUGAAUCAGUCUUGCCAUAUUGAUAAAGUUAUGCAUGCUCAAAGCUCCCAACAAAUUAAAAAAAAUAGGCUUCAUGUUAAGACUUCAAUUGAUGUUGCUCAUUGGCUUACUUUUCAAGGAUGUGCUUUUAGAGGGCAUGAUGAGACUAUUAAUUCAAGAAAUAAUGGUAAUUUUAUUGAAAUGAUCAAACUUUUGGCAUCUUACAAUGAAAAAGUUGCAGAUGUUGUUCUAAAGAAUGCUCCUUUGACCGCCAAGUAUACAUCACCUCAAAUACAAAGGGAGAUUUUAUAUGUUCUAGCAAACAAAGUGCGGAAACAGAUUCGCAAAGAUAUUGGAGACUCUAAGUUUUGUAUUAUUGUGGAUGAAGCACGUGAUGAAUCGAAAAGGGAACAAAUAGCUCUUGUCUUGAGAUUUGUUGACAAAGAUGGCUAUUGGUGA